AUGUUACUUGGCACCAAUUUACUUAGAAUAUACGAUAUCUUUCAUCCUUUAGUUCCAUUAUUUUUUCUUUAUUUAAAUUUUGAAGCACUUUUAAUAGAGACGACACAAACAUUGAUAGGAUCAUUGUUUGUGCCGGUAUUUAUUGUGCAAAUACUACGAUUUGUAGUGUUUGUUAACCUAGAUAAGAUCCAUGUAUUAUAUGAAUGUUUUGUAAAUAGAUAUAUAUUUUUGUCAUAUGUGAAGGAUAUAGGAAUUAGUUGCCUAUACUUUGUAUUUUCAUGUAUUUUAGUAGAUAUUUUUAUUAUUUUAUAUGGUGCACCAGUUGUUAGUUGUUUAUUGGAGACAAUAUUGUCAUGUCUUCAUCUGUCAGUUCUUGGAAUAUUACCUAUGAUCUGUGUAUUUGGAGUAGAUAUAGAAAGAUAUAUGGAAUUAGUUUCAUUAGAAUUGGAUCUUAGAGAUUUUCAGAAUUUUAAAUUGAGUAUGGGAUUUUUUGGGACAUUUGUAGGAUCAUGGAUGGGAGCAAUGCCAAUUCUUCUUGAUUGGAACAGAGACUGGCAGAAAUGGCCAAUUCCUGUUGUUUUAGGAGGUUAUUUGGGCUAUGCAUUAAGUAAUUUUAAGAAAGAAGAAGAAUUGAAUUCUUCUUGUAUUUAUUUAAAAAGGUGA